GGCGGAGCCGGCCUGAGCCCGCCCAUGCACCCCCUGCCCCACGCCCAGGUGCCGGCGAACCCCCAGGAUGGCGGAAGCGCACCAGGCUGUGGCCUUCCAGUUCACGGUGACCCCUGACGGGGUCGACUUCCGGCUCAGUCGGGAGGCCCUGAAACACAUCUACCUGUCUGGCAUCAACUCCUGGAAGAAACGCCUGAUUCGGAUCAAGAAUGGCAUCCUCAGGGGCGUGUACCCUGGCAGCCCCACCAGCUGGCUGGUCGUCGUCAUGGCAACUGUGGGCUCCUCCUACUGCAACGUGGACAUUUCCAUGGGGCUAGUUAGUCGCAUCCAGAAAUGCAUCCCUCAUGGGUGCAGCCCCUACCAGACCCCGCAGACCAAGGCACUUCUCGGCAUGGCCAUUUUCUCCACGGGGGUCUGGGCCACCGGCAUCUUUUUCUUCCGCCAAACCCUGAAGCUGCUGCUUUCCUACCAUGGCUGGAUGUUUGAGAUGCAUGGCCAGACCAGCCGCGUCACCAGGAUCUGGGCUAUGUGUGUCCGCCUUUUGUCCAGCCGGCGGCCCAUGCUCUACAGUUUCCAGACAUCCUUGCCCACACUUCCUGUGCCCAGCGUGUCGGCCACAAUCCAGAGGUACCUGGAGUCUGUGAAGCCCUUGUUGGGUGACGAGGAAUACUACCGCAUGGAGACAUUGGCCAAGGAAUUCCAGAACAAGACUGCUCCUAGGUUGCAGAAGUACCUGGUGCUGAAGUCUUGGUGGGCAACCAACUACGUGAGUGACUGGUGGGAAGAGUACGUCUACUUGCGAGGCAGGGGUCCUCUCACGGUGAACAGCAACUAUUACGUGACGGACUUGGUGCUCCUCAGGCCCACGGAGGUGCAGGCCGCGCGCCUGGGGAACGUCGUCCACGCCAUGAUCUUAUAUCGUCGUAAGCUGGACAGGGAAGAGAUCAAGCCUGUGAUGGCGCUGGGCAUUGUGCCCAUGUGCUCCUACCAGAUGGAGAGAAUGUUCAACACCACCCGGAUCCCGGGCAAGGAGACAGACCUCCUGCAGCACUUAGGGGACAGCAGGCACGUGGCCGUCUACCACAAGGGCCGCUUCUUCAAGGUGUGGCUCUAUGAGGGCUCGCAGCUGCUCAAGCCCCGCGACCUGGAGAUGCAGUUCCAGAGGAUCCUGGAUGACCCCUCCCCACCACAGCCUGGGGAGGAGAAGCUGGCGGCCCUCACGGCCGGUGGGAGGGUGGAGUGGGCCGAGGCACGCCAGGCCUUCUUUAGCCACGGCAAGAACAAGGCCGCCUUGGACGCCAUUGAGCGGGCUGCCUUCUUUGUGGCCCUGGACGAAGAGUCCCACUGCUAUGACCCCGAGGAUGAGGCUAGCUUCAGCCUCUACGGCAAGGCACUCCUGCACGGCAACUGCUGUAACAGGUGGUUUGACAAGUCCUUCACUGUCAUCUCCUUCAAGAAUGGCCAGAUGGGCCUCAACGCAGAACACGCGUGGGCAGAUGCCCCCAUCAUAGGGCACCUGUGGGAGUUUGUACUGGCUACCGACACUUUAUACUUGGGCUACACGGAGACUGGGCACUGCCUGGGCAAAGCGAACCCCACGCUGACACCCCCUCAGCGGCUGCAGUGGAAUGUUCCAGAGCAGUGCCGGGUGGCCAUCGAACGCUCCUACCAGGUGGCCAAGGCCCUGGCAGACGACGUGGAGCUGUACUGCUUCCAGUUUCUGCCCUUUGGCAAAGGUCUCAUUAAGAAGUGCCGCACCAGCCCCGAUGCCUUUGUGCAGAUAGCCCUGCAGCUGGCGCACUUCCGGGACAGGGGCAAGUUUUGCCUGACCUACGAGGCCUCGAUGACCAGAAUGUUCCGGGAGGGACGGACCGAGACUGUGCGGUCCUGUACCUGCGAGUCCUCAGCCUUUGUGCGGGCCAUGGUGGAGGGCAACCACAUGAAAGCAGAUCUCCAAGAUCUCUUCCAGAAAGCAUCUAAGAAGCACCAGAACAUGUACCGCCUGGCCAUGACAGGGGCUGGGAUUGACAGGCACCUCUUCUGCCUCUACUUGGUUUCCAAGUAUCUGGGGGUCACGUCCCCUUUCCUGGCCGAGGUGCUGGAAGAACCCUGGCGCCUCUCUACCAGCCAGACCGCUCAAUUCCAGAUCCGCAUGUUUGACCCAGAGCAGUACCCCAGUCACCUUGCCGCUGGAGGUGGCUUUGGCCCGGUAGCGGACGAUGGCUACGGGGUGUCUUACAUGAUUGCGGGCGAGAACACCAUCUUCUUCCAUGUCUCCAGCAAGUUCUCAAGCUCAGAAACAAAUGCCCAGCGCUUCGGGAACCAUAUCCGCCAAGCCCUGAUGGACAUUGCAGAUCUUUUCCAAGUCCCCGAGGCUGCCCACUGA